AUGGAGGUGGAGAACCAGACCCGGGUCACUAAGUUCAUUCUGGUGGGCUUCUCUGGGACCUGUGGUGUGCGUGCAGCAGUGUUCCUGAUGUUUUUCGUGGCCUAUGUCCUGACCGUGGCUGAAAACAUGGUCAUUAUCCUGCUGGUGCAGCAGAACCGGCCACUGCACAAGCCCAUGUACUUCUUCCUGGCCAACCUGUCCUUCCUGGAGACCUGGUACAUCUCUGUGACCGUGCCCAAGAUGCUGGUAAGCUUUUGGUCUGUGAGCAACAGCAUCCCCUUCACCCACUGUGUGAUCCAGCUCUACUUCUUCAUUGCACUCAUGUGCACCGAGUGUGUGCUCCUGGCUGCCAUGGCCUAUGACCGCUACGUGGCCAUCUGCCACCCACUCCACUACCCCACCAUGAUGAGCCACAGGCUCUGCACCCACCUGGCUCUCGGGUCCUGGGCCAUUGGCUUUGGCAUCUCCCUGGCAAAGACCUACUUCAUCUCCCGCCUCAGCUUCUGCGGCCCUAACGUCAUAAAUCACUUCUUCUGUGACCUCUCUCCUGUGCUCAACCUCUCCUGCACAGACAUGUCCACAGCUGAGCUGGUGGACUUCGUCCUGGCUCUGGUCAUCUUCCUGUUCCCACUCACAAUCACUGUCCUGUCCUAUGGGUGCAUUCUGGCCACCGUUCUACGUAUGCCCACGGGGAAGCAGAAGGCCUUCUCCACAUGUGCUUCCCACCUUGUGGUGGUCACCAUCUUCUACUCAGCCACAAUCUUCAUGUACGCCCGGCCCCGAGCCAUCCAUGCCUUCAACAUGAACAAAGUCAUUUCCAUCUUCUAUGCCAUCGUCACCCCUGCACUCAACCCUUUCAUUUAUUGCCUGAGGAACCAGGAGGUCAAGGAAGCUCUGAGGAAGCUGGCCUACUGCCAGGCCGCCCGUGUCUGA